AUGGAGGAAGAGGGCUUGAACAACAUGAUGAAGUAUGAGAUUCCUGAAUGGAGUCUGAUUUCCCACCAUACUUGUCAAAAUGAUUGUAUAAAGGUAUAUGAAAGUGAGAAAGUGAAGUUGAAGAUGUUGAAGAAUGUGACAAAGAUUAGUUUGACUAUGGAUUUAAGGAAUUCCGGUAAUCAGAAGAUGGAGUAUAUGGUGCUCACUGGGAAUUGGAUAAAUGGUAAUUUGAGGAUGAAUAGACGUGUCCUAAACUUUGUCCAUUUACCUCCUCCCCGUACCAGUGUUGCGAUUGUUGACUCAAUUUCCAAGUGCCUAAUUGAACAGGAGAUUGAAAAUAAGAUGUAA